AAGCUUCAGCUUGAGUUCUUGAAUCUUGACCCAACUCGCAAGCAACACGACAAAGGCGCGCGAGGACAGCCUUCGUCCUCGCCGUUUCGCUCCCCGCUCCCUCCCUCCCGCCCGCAUCACUCCCAAGCCGAUCGAAACCCUAACCCGCCCGACCUCCCCUAGGCUGUAGGCUCCCAGGCACUCCCCCUCGCGAUGUCGGACGUCACCGCCGACUCGGCGCAGAGCCGCCGCUCGCCGCCCCCGCCAUCGCCGGCGCCGUCGAUGGCGCGCUUCCAGCAGCAGCCGAGCGGGCGCCAGGCGCCCCCGCCGGGCGCCGACCCCUUCGCCUUCGGCGUCGUCGCCUUCAUCGGCAUCUGCUUCGUCUUGAUUUCACUCUCAGUUCCAUCAAGCGUUCUGCAUCAAGUUCCUGAAGGACAUGUUGGGGUAUACUGGAGAGGAGGUGCUCUUCUGAAGACAAUCACUCCUCCAGGGUUUCAUCUGAAGCUCCCUUGGAUCACCCAGUAUGAGGCAAUACAGGUUACACUUCAAACAGACCAGGUCAGAGAUAUCCCUUGUGGAACAAAAGGUGGUGUUAUGAUAAGCUUUGACAAGAUAGAGGUUGUGAACCGCCUCCGUAAAGACUAUGUGCAUGAAACACUACUCAACUAUGGUGUGCACUAUGACAAGACAUGGAUAUACGAUAAAAUUCAUCAUGAGAUAAACCAGUUCUGCAGUGCUCACAGUUUGCAGCAAGUUUACAUUGACAUGUUUGAUCAGAUUGAUGAAACAAUGAAAGAAGCUAUUCAAAGAGACUGCACACGCUAUGCUCCUGGAAUUGAAAUCAUCAGUGUUCGUGUUACAAAGCCAAAUAUACCUGGUAGCAUUAGGAGAAAUUUUGAACUUAUGGAGGAGGAGCGUACAAAGGCACUUAUCGCUAUUGAAAAGCAAAAGGUAGCAGAGAAGGAGGCAGAAACACAGAAGAAGAUUGCGCUAUCUGAAGCAGAGAAGAACGCACAGGUGAGCAAGAUCCUGAUGGAGCAGAAGCUGAUGGAGAAGGACAGUUCCAAGAAGCAGGAGCAGAUUGAUAACGAAAUGUACCUUGCACGAGAGAAAGCACUGGCAGAUGCAAACUACUACAGGAUCUUGAAGGAAGCUGAGGCUAAUAGGCUCAAACUUACACCAGAAUAUCUUGAGCUGAGGUUCAUUGAAUCAAUCGCCAAUAACUCGAAGAUCUUCUUUGGUGAAAAGAUUCCAAACAUGAUCAUGGAUCAAAGGUUGCUUAAGAACUACCUUGAUGAUGUUUCGAGGAAGGACCAUUCCGAAUUAUAGAAGCUCCUUUCCGUGAAUCAGAAGCAGCACAGGCUAUUUUUGUGACCCCACGUGGUAGAUAGGAUAGGAAUCCCAGGAAGCCGCUAGGAAGCCACAGAAAGGAGGGGAGACAUCAGGAGUCGCCCCUAAAGAUGAGAACUGGCAGUUGGUCUUUAUGCAAGAAAACCUUUGGUUUAUUUUUUUUGUGUAGUGGUGUUAGCGUUAGCAUAGAUGGAGCAAUCUGCAAUCGGCUGACAUUGAUGCUACCAUCAGACACUGUUGGGCUUGGACGUGUCCUAAACGGGUGGCUAAGGUCACUCGUUUCUACUCCGUCUAUGUUAUUACGUAAUAAGUGCGGCUGGCAGGCUUCGCCUUUAGUUGUUA